GAAGAACCAAUUCUUUCAAGAGAAUUCUCUCUCUACCCCCUCCGCUGUGAGGAUCAUUUUUACCACAACAAUAUUGGAGUUGAUAUACUCAAGAAUGAGAUAUUCUAUCUCAAAAGACAAAUAAGAACCACCUUUUAUGAUGAUACCAUCGCUUUUCGCCCUUGCUACCAUGCGACGCCUAUGUUGCCAGGAGCGAAAUCGACCUAG